AUUGUUCCCUCGCAAGCUUUUCACCUCUAGGAUGAUACUGUGGAAGGAAUAAUUGAUUACUUCUGUGACGUGAUUUAAAUGCUGAUGAGCUAAGAUGCUCCUUCUUUAAUGAAAAAUUCGAUGUUCUUGUUAGUGCACCGUAUGUGCUUGUUUCUUCUCGUGGCGAUUGUUUCUUUGAGUUGGCUUUUUCUUCAUUGGCCUUUCAAUUAAUUGAUUUUAUAUAUUGGUGCUUGCUUGUGUUGGGACCGGUGGAUUCUGAUGCCUGCUCUCUCGCAGAAUUAUGUGUUGGCUGCUUUAUGCCCUAUCCCCGAUAUAGUAUUCGUUGGAAUAUGACUUGCUCUAAGGAUCGCUCAACAUUCUUUUUUAAUGUCAGUGUUGUUUUUUCACAUAAUGAAUCUUCCCUUUUUGUUGGUGCUUCCUCUUUUUGUGUGUUAGCUGUUGUUUACGGUGUAGCAGGCUAUACUGAAAAUCAAUCUUCCAUCUGUGUUUGGAAUAAAAGAAUAAAUGCAUUUAAGGAUUAGUGGCUUGAUUUUUUUAAGUGUGCCCUGAGAAUAGUAUAAGGAAUGUCAGAAAGAUUGUGGGUCAAGUUUUUUUUAUUUAUUUUGGAAGGACAUAAUUAUCUAGAUGUUAAUCGUCGAGGUGGCCUUAAUUUGUGCAGAAUUCUAUGCGAGAUUCGUCUAUGAGUGGUUUUUCACAGUUGUAUUUAUAUAACCACCCCACCACAUGUCUUAUGUUUAUCUAGUCCUAUGGACAUCCAACGUGUUGAGAGAAGAAAAAUAAAUUUUCCUUUGCUCAAACAUUGUGAGCCUUAACUCGCUUAUAAAUCUGCUCGUUAGUGUGCUUAUCUCAGACAUUUAUACAUGUUCUCUCCUCUCCCUUUUCACUUUGGAUAAAAAUACAGGAAGUUUGUGGGGUAUUCCCAGGAGGGCAUAUAUGCAUAAUAUUUGUGAGGUUACCACUGGUUUUGCUGAUUCCUUUAUUGAUGUUUGGAGCCUAACGAUUUGCUGGUGGAGCCUUCACCAACUACUGGGUCUCUUACUAAACCUCUGUCUGUUCAGGAAUCUGUUUGUCCUGCCACAUAUCCUGUAACAACUGUACGCUUCAAAACCAAUACUGUUGAUGACAAAAUAUCUAGCUUCUUUGAGUUUAACUCAAACAAUAGAUCGAAUAUGGCUCCCACAGAUUUCAACGGCCAUGUAAACGAACCAUCUAUGCAAACACAAGGUUCAAGCCAAGCUCAAUCUUCUGCUUCAUCACCAUUAGUGAAAAGUGAGAUGGCAAUGCCGUCAAAUGAAUUAAGUUUAUCAUCACCUGUCCAAAUGGUUUGUUCUGAUGCUACUGCUCUUGUUCAAGCCGAUAUGGAUGGGUCUAACCCCAGAGGCAAUGUAGCUAAUGGGCUUCAAGCUUCACAAGUCGAAGUGAAAGAUAGUGGUAUCUCAGUUACUGAGAGAACAUCUGAUGAUGGGUAUAAUUGGCGAAAAUAUGGGCAGAAGCAUGUUAAAGGGAGUGAAUUUCCACGCUGCUAUUACAAAUGUACACAUCCUAACUGUGAGGUCAAAAAGCUGUUCGAACGUUCUCAUGAUGGGCAGAUCACUGAGAUAAUUUACAAGGGAUCCCAUGAUCACCCUAAACCUCAACCAAGUCGCCGAUACUCUUCUGGCACUAUUAUGUCUAUGCAUGAGGAGAGAUUUGAGAAGCCUUCAUCUUUGUCUGGCCAAGAUGUCAAUAUGUAUGGUCAAGUGUCUCACACUACUGAGCCCAACAGUAAUCCAGAGUUGUCUGUUGUAGCAGCAAGUGAUGAUGGUCGGGAGGGUGCAGGACUAGCUUCCAAUAGGAUCAAUGAUGAAGUUGAUGAUGACGACCCCUUCUCAAAGCGAAGGAAGAUGGAGAAUGGACAUGCUGACAUCACUCCUAUAGUUAAGCCUAUUCGAGAACCAAGGGUUGUUGUACAAACUCUAAGCGAAGUUGACAUAUUGGAUGAUGGGUAUCGCUGGCGAAAGUAUGGGCAGAAGGUGGUGAGAGGCAAUCCCAACCCUAGGAGUUACUACAAAUGCACCAAUGCCGGUUGCCCUGUUAGGAAACAUGUGGAGAGGGCUUCUCAUGAUCCCAAAGCAGUAAUAACCACAUAUGAGGGUAAGCACAAUCAUGAUGUACCUACUGCAAGGAGUAGUAGCCAUGAUACAGCAGGACCAGCAGCUCCAGUUGGACAGACCCGAAUAAGAUCAGAAGAAAGCGAUACCAUUAGCCUCGACCUUGGGAUGGGUAUCAGCUCGGCUGCUGAAAAUAAAUUGAAGGGACAAGGACAAAUGCUGCUGUCUGAAUUUGGGAAUGAUCAAACUCAUAGCAACAGUUCCAAUUUCAAGUUUGUUCAUAAUGGCCCAGCUCCGGCAUACUUUGGUGUUUUCAAUAAUGGCUCAAAUCCAUUUGGUUCUUCUAGAGAGUCCUCAUCUCUGAACCAUACCACUUAUCGGUGCCCGCAGCCACAGGGCAUAGGAAGAAUACUAACUGGUCCGUGACAUUGUCUAGUCUCUGCUGAAAAAAACAAAAAAAAAAUUCCAAGUAUUAUUUUGCUUCAUUCUGGCGGCAAAAGAUGAAAAGGUAACACAUCUUAUCAUCACUAUGAAACUGCGAAUAAGUUAUUUUUAUGUGGAGAUUAACUGUUUGAAAGUUGCAUCUUUAUUACCAUUAGUGGCUUGCCUGCUUGCUUUUCUUCAGGUUGACUUGGAAGUCUAAUUACUAUUUGUAAAUUAAAAUUGGAGUUCAUAUCUGUACAGAAGUGAAGCUGAUUUCAGAGUUGCUUCUAUAAAGACAAACCCUUGUAAAAGGUACUAUUUUAUGUUAGGGGCGUUUAGUCUUUUCAUUGAACUCUUGUUUGUAAGUAAGAAGAGAGAUUGUUGUAUAUUCAAGCAACUUAUGUUCAAUACACUUUGUGAUUUAUGACGUGCUUGCCAAUGAGAAACCUCUUCAGUUGUACACGAAAAAUUACAA